AAUGCAACAGUCGCCGCACAGAGCUUCCAAGAAUUAUACGUUAAUCGGGUUCUAGUUAGUAGACAUAUUAGAUUAAUUGAAACUGCGUCAUGUGGGGGAAAACUCUACUGAGUUUCUGCUGCUUUUUGUUCUUGUUAAUAUCAAACUAUGAUGGAGUGCUGACUUUUAAAAUUUCCGAUGUUGAUUUGGAAAUAUUCAGAGACUCAGGAUUUGAAGUGUCUAUACCAGAUGAGCCUGGCUUGCAACGAGUUUUCUAUAUGUUUCAAAUAGAUGACUUGUGUCCGGCACUAAUGGACUAUAUCACGAAGGCCGUCAAUGGCAGUUGGGUGUCGAAACAAAAAGCCUGCAUCCAGAACAACGAUAAGGUCCACAUUUCAUUACUGGUGCAGUACAAUGAUCAGAUAUAUGAAAAGACCGAGACAAGGGUGAUCAUUAAUACACGUCUACUGACCACCAAGAACUCAAAAUCCCGGAAUAUACAAUUUCCCUCCGGCGAUAGUGAGUGUCAGGCGAUCCUGAGUCCUCAAAAGGCAUCCAAGAAGUGCUUGCCUUCCCAAACCAUUGUAAAUAGUGGUCGUCAGGUCUGCCAGGGUGAUCUGAUCUUUGAGGACAACUUUUCGGGGAUGAAUUUAAAUAGAAGCGCCUGGAAGCACGACAUUCGGCACCGAUUGUAUCACGUGGAGGAGGAACUGGUAGCCUUCGACGAUGCGCCCCGUAACUGCUUCCUGAAAGAGGGAGACCUCAACAUUGUUCCCAUUAUGGCCAGUGAUGUAACACAGGGCUCCUUCAAGCUCGGAGAUCGCUGCACAGCUGUAGAGAGUCCGGAAAAGGAGUGCAACAUACCACAAGGAAGCUAUUACAGCAUCAAGCCUCCCGUUUUCUCAGCCCAAAUACAUACCCGGAAUUCCUUUAGUUUUAAAUACGGGAAAAUUGAGGUCCGUGCGAAAUUACCCAAAGGAGAUUGGCUCUUUCCAUAUAUCAUGUUGCAACCGGUGUCGACAUAUGCGGAAACCCACUAUGCCAAACAACUGAGAAUCGCCUUUGCCAGAGGCAAUGCCCAUUUAAGGACCAAACAGAACGAGGACAUCUCCGGAAAUCAUCUUUAUGGUGGCAUGUUGAUCUGGAACCAUGGCAGGGCAGAACAGUACCUUAGGGAUCGGCUAAGCCAGGCCCAUUAUGGCGAUGAUUACCACAACUACACCAUGAUAUGGCAACGGGAUAAGAUAACCCUGAUGGUCGACGAGGAGAUCUACGGUGAAAUUUAUGAUGGUUUGGCUCUUUUCAACGAGAAGUGCUUCAUUAUACUGGGAGUUACGGUAGGAGGAUUUACAAAUUUCAACGAUGAAGUAUUACAAAAAGAUGUAAAACCGUAUAAAAAUACUGAACCACGCGCGGCACUAUCUUUUUGGCAAAAUAGGGACAUGUGGUCCUCUACUUGGGGAAAACAAAGUUCCAUGCUUGUAGAUUACGUCAGAGUAUAUGCCGAUUAAAAUUUUUCACAUAAUGAAAAACAAAAAGUUUCUCUAAAAAAUAAAAAUAUUUUUUAAAAAUAA